AUGUAUUUUUCUGAGUCAUAUCAAAAAAUAGCUGGGAGAAAAAAUUAUAAGAAGAAUGCCUUAGAUAGUGUUUCAUCACAAGGUAUUUUUGACAACAUAAAAAAUAAUAUCUAUAAUAUUGAUAAAACAGAUUAUAAAAUAUUGAAUCAUUAUAAUUAUAAGAAAGAUCAGACAAGUACCAAUUUGUCAAAAAAUAAGCAGAAGGAUCACUUUUUUAUUCGUUCUAAUAAUAUUAAUAAUAAUAAUAUUAAUAAUAAUAAUAAUAAUAAGGGGAAGGAUAUGUGUGUAAAUCCUCCAUAUGAGAAAAACAUAUUAUAUUAUAUAAACAAUAAAAACUUAGGAAGAUAUAAAAAUAGUUGUGAUCAUCCCACAGUUCAUAAUAUACUAAAAAAUAAUAAAAGUAAUAUAGAAAUUCAUCAAUACAUUCCUUCUUUAACAUCUACUAUUUUUGAUUUGUUGUAUGUUAAUUCUAAUAAAAUAGAAAAAAAUAUAUACCCUCAACAAAACAAUAAUAAAAACAUGAGUCAUUCCCAAAAAUUCAAUGAGUAUAUCCCGAUGAAUGGAUUUAGAUCUAUCUAUCAUAAUAAUAACAUGAAUAAUGGAAAUGGAUAUUACACAAACACUUUUAAUAAGCAUAAUUCAAACUUAUAUACUCACCAAAAUAAUAUGUAUGGUAGAAAUAAUCUAAUGUUUGACGAAGACAGUAUUCCUUAUGGUAUGUAUGAUCAAUCUAAUAUUACUGGAACGAAUACGAUGACAUGUGGAAAAAAUAUUCCAUGUGAUGAAAGAAUGAUGUAUAGAUAUAAUACUAUGGAAGGUGUUGGACCUUGUCAUAAUAUUCAUCCUAUGAUUAAUACUAGGAUGAAUUAUAGCACACCAUUAUCUUUACCACAAUAUAAUCCAAAUAUUAGAAAUUAUUUAACACAUGAAGGAUAUCCCCCACAAUAUUAUGAUUAUAAUAGUAACCUAUAUAGUAGAAAUAAGAGAGUUUUAAAACAAUCAUAUGAUGCAGAUAAUAUCGAUAAUGAAAAAAAUCAUAAAAAGGAACUUAGUAGAAAAAAUAUAUCAAAAAUAAAAAAAGGUGAUAUCGAUAUUAAUAUUGAAACAUCCUCUUCCGACAAGAGGGGAGUUGUUAUAGACCUAAACAUAGGUGUAUAA